AUGCGUAAGGAUUCUGAACAAUCGUUUAAACUAAUUUUUGAAUCAGUUAAAACAAUAGCCGCAGAAUUAGAUUUAGAAAUCAAAAUUCCGCGUUUGGCGAAACGGCAAACUAAUCGCGACAAUUAUGAAGGCGAACCGGAAGAAUAUUACCGCAGAUCAAUUUAUAUACCGUUUUUAGAUAAUUUUUUGGAUCAAAUCAAUGAACGAUUUUUAAAACAUCGAGAGCUGCUUUCCAAAAUUGAAAACAUUUUGCCAAAUAAAUGCAUAAAUCUUGACGUUAUUGAGAUGCAGGAGACUGUUCGUGUUUUAGAAAAGCAAUGGUCCGCUGAUGUAGAAGAUCGCGCUGAUUUCGUUGUGAAUUUAGAAUGUGGAAAAGGAACUGGUUAA